UUUUCCGAUCAAUUGUUCCAACCCCGGCAGAGAUGAAUGCCCUUCGUCUAGGUGACUUAUUCAAAAAAAUUAAGGGAAACGAGGAGGGUUAUUGUCCGGCAUUUAAUAUAUUGAAGGACGGUGAAUCAACGUCGAACACUUCGAAUUUAAAUGUUAUGGAAGAGAGGCUGGAAAUUUUGAUGGCUGGUCAAAAGACGAUUAAGGAUGAUAUAAUGGAUUUGAAACGUUUAUUCACUUCCAAAUGUUCCGAACUUUUGACAGUUGUCAAUUCAUUGAAUGAUAGGCUAACUCUGAUUGGUGAUUCUAAAACGGUUGAAAUUGAGAAACAUGAUGUUUCUGAUGGCUUGCAGACAAGGGUUGACAAAGGAAAAAAGGUUGUUCUUCCUGCAGAGGACAUUUCAGUGAAACCAAGUAAAAAUGGUACUUCUAUAGUAACGGAACGAGAAGAAAGGGAUGGUAGGGAGUCUGCUGUUCCUGUUUCUGCUGAUACUAAAGCUACUUCCAGCAAAGAAAGGGAUGGUAGGGAGUCUGCUGAUGAAGAAGAAGGUGCUGAAAAAGUCGAAUUGGAAGAUUUGGUUUGCGAGAAGGCUGUACUUGAAGGCAAGGAUGACCGUGGUGAACCUUGUGUUAUUGUUUCUUCCGAACACGUUGAUGUUAUCUCUCCGAAUUUUGAGGUUUCGCGACAAAGCGAGUUGAAUUUAAAAUCUCCACCAGAUGACACCAUCAAUCAGACUAAAAAAAAUGCAAGUGAAUCGAUUGCUGAAUUCAAAUCAAAGGAGUCUGGUCCUUCUUCAAGCCGCUUCAUACCGACGCAAACUGGUUGUAAAGUCCGUAUUUGUCCAUUUGAUGCUAAUCACAUUUUAUUCAGUGAUGCCACCAAACAAGACAUCAUUCAGAAUUGGCUGGAAGAAGGACGUCCUAAAGGGGCCAAGUUCGUAUCUCGACUAACUUUUUUCAGUUCUGUUUUAAUGCUCACUUAUUUAAUUUUUUUUUCUUUGUUUGUUUAGAAGGUAAAGCUGGAUAUACGAUCCAAAGAUUGAUAAAUUCCAUCCUCGUCUUUCUCUUGGCGUGGUUGAUAUUGAAACGAAAUCCUGGUUUUACCAUCUCUACCACGUUGGAAAGGCUCUUGAGUGUUCUGUAAGUAUAUCCAUAUUUCUUUUAUUUGUUCUUUUUAUUUUAUUUUAUGUGUUUAUUAUUUGAAUUACUCACGAUAGUUUUGUUAAUAACAUUGUUGUGACUGUAUGGCU